AUGGCAUGCGUCCCUUUGUUCAAUAGACAGCAAUGCUACAAUUUUGAAGUCAUCGUGAAACUGCAUAGUUUAACUUCUGUUCCUUACGUAAAUUCUGUCACCUUUGCAAAGCUUCGCCUUCUCAAUAGUCGGAACUCUGGACAAUAUUCCCCUAGAACCGAAAUAAGAAACAACAUCGUUACGUGGAACAGUGAACAUCGUUUUCACUGCAAAUUUAGGGGUAAUGCCGAAACAACUAUUUUAGAACCAAAUAUCUUGAAGGUAUCCAUCCGUAUGGAAACCAAAGGUGGCAAGUCAUUUUAUAAAGUUGGCUUUGUCAAUAUUAAUUUGGCGUGUUUUGCUGCUGUUGGCAAUGUAGUUAACCAUCGACGGUAUAUCCUAGAGGGCUAUGAUGGAAAGCGUAAACGCCAGGAUAAUUCUCUUUUAUCGAUUUCGUUCUGCCUACGACAGUUAACUGGAGACAACUGUUUCCGGACUCCGAAAGAGAAUUUGAGCAAUUGUUUAAUUGAACCCCCUGAUUUUAUUGAUUUACCAGAAACAGAUUCUGAGAUAAGAGAUUUUUCUCUUACAGAUUGCACAUUAAUCAAGAACUCGCAUAAUAAUCAUAUAUUAAAUAACUUAAUUACAAGUCAAGAACAGAAUACACAGCAUACAUCUAAGCUGCCUAUAAAUAGUACAAUAAAUACAUUAAAUAAUUCAUUAGACAUCUUACAAUCAUUAAAUUUGGAUACGGUUUCAUUGUCUACUACUACUACUACUACUACUACUACUACUACUACUGCUACAACGACUGAUACAAUAGUAACCACAUCGACAAUGCAUUCAACUCCGGCAUCAUUAUUGUCAAUUGCUGGUAGUGGUUCUUCUAAAUCGAUUAUUCUACCUCAUCUACGCAUUAUCAAAUAUCUCCUUGGAAUACUUCAUCAGUAUAUCCUGUUGAAUGGAACUAUAAAUACAAAUCAAACAUCAAAUCUACCCAAAUUAUCAUCUCAUCAUUCGGAUCAAUUUCAACCCACUGAUGGUGAACAUUUAUCUGGUUCAAGUUCUCUUACACCUAUAUCAAGUUCAACAUCAUCUAUACCGGGGUCUACAUCGAUCGGAAGUUUACUGCCUCGGUCUCCUCUUACACUGUCAUCAGAUAAACCUGUAUCAUUUACAUGUAAUGCUCCAAGUCAACAAGACGAAGUAGUAGGAACUGCUACAACAAAGUCUACCGAACUAGAUAAGCAACAACAGUUUAGUGUUUCUGGUCACAAUGUCAUCUCUAAUACAGUCAAGUCAGACAGUCUAACAUGUUAUUCUUUACCACAUCCUCAUCAUUUAUCUAGACCGUAUGGGAUCUCUGGUAUCUCUUCGAACAAUUCAAAUGAUAUUUACUAUCCUCGUAAUAACAAUUGUGAAGAUUAUUGUAACUAUGAUAAAAAGGCAUGUGAUUAUUUCGCCACGGAUAGCGUCCUGUUAGUAAGAUCAUCUAGACGACGAAAAAUUCGACCAGAUAUACAAGUGUUACCAACAGUGAAUACUAAUCUCAUAAAUUAUCAUUCUUCUCCACCUGCUCCUCCUUCUCCUCCACCUCCUGUAACAUAUUCACUACAAUACCCGAAACAUGAAAAGGAUUCUUCACUAUCAUCUUUUUCUUCAUCUACUGCUGUUGCUGCAUCCACUGCUCCCUCUGCAACUGUUGUUGUUGUUGUCGACACAGUUGAUCCAUCCGGACUGAUAUCUAAAAGUAGUAUGCCAACGGAUUAUUAUUCAUCAGGUUAUCAAUCACACUCAAGACAAUCAAGUCUUGAGUCUCAAGCUGUUGGCUCAAUAGCCUAUAUAUAUCCAUGUAUAUAUAUAUACAUCCAUUAUAUGGAAUCCUGUGAUUGUUAA